ACACCUGUCAUGCCCAGGUUUGCCACACGGAACCACACAGACCUGAGCACACCUGGAGCCUGGCUAGCUUUAUGUGAGCUUUGGGAAGGAGGAACCUCAGUUGAGAAAAUGCCCCCUGUAGACAGACCUGUUGUGCAUUUCCUGAUCUGAUGAUUGAUUUGGAAGGGCCCACUCACUGUGGGAGGUGUGUGUGAGGGGUGCUGGGCUAUGGUCCUGGGAACUGUAAGAAACAGGCUGAACAAGCCACAGGUAGCAAGUCAGUAAGUAGCACUCCCCCAUGGCCUCCGCAGCAGUUUGUGGUUUCCUCCCUUGAGUUUUUGCCCUGAGUUCCCUGAAUUAUGAACAACAAGCUGUAAAAUGAGCUGAACCCUUUCCUCCUCAAGUUCCUUGUGGGUUUGGUGUUUUAUCACAGCAAUAGAAACCCUAAGGCACUGCCCUUCUCACUUGACCGCUCCCUAACUUUGUUCUUCCUUCCAACUGAGACUUGCAGCUCAUCUCCCAGCCUCUGCUUUGUUUCUAGCUUCCUUCUCUAGAAUGUAGAGUCCGCAUUCCAUCAUUUCAGCCGCAUUCUUACCUGAGAUUUUGUUUUGUUCUGAGGCAGGUUCUUUGUAGCCCUAGCUGGCCUAGAACUCUAUGUAUAGACGAGGCUGGCCUUGGAGCUCACUAAGAUCGUCUGCCUGUACCUCCCAAGUGCUGGGAUUAAAGAGUGUGAACAAGUGUAUGGAUGCCAGAGGUUGACCAUGCUGUCCCCUGGAGCUCUCUGAUGUGGCUAGGCUGUCUGGCCAGUGAGCUCUAGGGUCUUCCCUGCUUGUGCUUCCUUCCCAGCCCUGAGGUCACAAGUGCUCACCAGCUUCUUUCUCGGGUGCUAGGAAUCGAACUGAGGGCUUGAUGCUUAUGAAGCAAGUACUUCACCGACUGAGAACUUCUCCAGCCCCAGCUUCUCAAACAUCUGCCAUCACUUGAGAACUCUGUAUAACCUACUAGGCUGAUGAUCUAAGAUAUGCAGCUGUGGCCGUGUGUGCAUAUAAUCCCAGUACUUGGGAGGCUGAGGCAGUAGAAUGAUAAGUUUAAGGCCAGGCAAGACUAACAGAGACCUUCAAAACCAGGAAAUCCUGAGUUCUGAAGGGAAAGUUGGCCUUUGCCAGAGGAGGAAGAGGAGAAUAUUUGCUAAGCUGGCACAGGCUUGCAAUCCCCACUGCUGUGAAGGCCCAGACAAGCCUCUAUCGCAAGCUUGGUGCCUGCAUGGUUAACUUAACGUUAGACUGUCAAAAGAAGGGAAAAAGAAACAGGCAUAGAGCUCUUAGGACAUUUGUCUGUCAUGUGAGAGGCUGCAGAUUCAAACACUGGAGGGAUUGGGGAGGCUAAGGCAGGAGGAUCUGAAAUUGAAGGCCAACCUAGGAUACAUACAUAGUGAUACCUUUUCUGGAGAGAGAGAGAGACGGAGAGACAGAGAGACAGAGACAGAGACAGAAAUAUCCGCAAACCAAAUGAAAAAGCACAGAGCUGUAGCAGAUCUGAGAAGCAGGAGGAUUUCAAUUUUGAGACCAGCCUAGGAUACAUACUGAGACCCUAAACCCCAUAGUAAAAGAACAAAACAAAAGACAAAAUUGGAAAGGCAAAGUUUAUCACAGGGCUGAUGUAAAGGUAUUAACUUGAUCCUGAGAAUCAGCAGACAGUAAGUUGUUUUAGAUUAUUUUGUGUUUACCAGCUUGAGUUUAUGUGCACCUCGUUUGCACAUGAGUCCAUGGAGGCCGGAGGAGGGUAUUAGCUGCCCUGAAACCUGAAUUACAGGGGCUGCUCUAUGGCUGCUGAGAACCAAACCCUGCUUCUCUCCGAGAGCAGCAAGCAUCUUAGUCACUUAAUGUCUCUAGCUUCAACUUAGUCUUGAAUGGAAAUAAAAAUCAGAUGUGUGAGGUUAGGGUGAGGGCUCAAUGAGCAAGAUGGCCAGCAUGAAAACCUCAUAUACUUGGUUUUUUUUCCCCCAUACACUUGUAACCCCAGAAUUGGGUAGUAGAGAUAAGUGGAUGCAGAAAGCUCACUGGCUACCCACAUUAGCCAAAAUGGCAAGCUUCCAGGUCACUAGCAGAUUCAAGGCUAUAAGGAAGUGUGACCAGAAAACACCCAAUGUCCUGCUCCGGCCUCUGCAUGUGUGGACACACGUGUCCAUACAUAAAUGCUUCAACUGGAGGGGAGCAGCAGGCUUGCAAGUGACCAGUUUAUUGAUAGGGGGUUGUGCUGAGCAGAAAUGGCAGUGGGCAUAGAGCUGUGAGUGCAUUAUCUUUAUAUGUAUGGUGUAUGGGUAACUAUAAGAACAUGCACCCGUGUUCAUAUGGAAGCUAAAGGAGGACAUCAGAUGUCCUCCAUCACUCUUUGCCUUAUUCCUUUGGGGCAGGGUCUUACUGAACCAGAAGUUUGCAUCUCUGGAGUAGGUGGGAAGUGAGCAAACCCCAGUGAUACUCUCAUCCACCUUGCUCAGAGCUGGGACUGAACUCCAGUCUUCGUGCUUGAACAGCAAGAGCUCUUAACUGCUGAGUGAUCUCUCUAGACCCUUCAAGGGCUUUAUGAAUGAAAAAAAAAAUAGGUUGAAGAGACGGGAUUUGGUGAUAUAAUAUAUUGGAUGUAGGCACGAAGGCAGACAGUGCUGGUGUGAUAUUUGAUGUCUAUGUUCAGGACAACAUGGAAGUCUUAGAGUAGGAAAUAGUUCAGUUUGGAUAGGAAUUUGAGGUGCAGAGAGAAGACAUGUUCCUGUAAUAUUUAGUAAGCAAGUAAGCAGAUAGGCACAGUCUUGAACUCCAGUAAGUAUCUGGGUGGAACUGGCACAAGGAGCCAUCAGAAUAAACAUGAAAUCUUAGGGCAAGAGCCUGGGAGGAAGUGAGGGUCCGAGAAAAGGAAGCUUGUGAUUUAGGCAUGGACAGGGGCUUGGGAGAAUGGGGGUUGACGGGAGCAAACGGAAGGCUCUAGGCUUAAUCAACAGUGAAAACAAGAGAAAACUGAAAACUGGAGAUGAUGGUGCUCCCAUGGGAGAGUGACUGAAAGGAUGGGACAAACCAAGAGCAUCCCCGAUCAUAUGAAGCAAGCAUGCAGGGCAAGCCUGAAUUCAGACCGUGCUUCAGCACCGUGCAGUCCUGUGUACACCCUGACAAGUUUCUCACGCUGGAUUAUAGAAGUGUAGACACUGUUGACCUCAGUGGUUAGUUUAAUGUAGUAUAUUCUGCAUAUUAUCUACCACCGCAUGGCAGACACCCAGUAACAAAGGGGCCACAGGGGAGACUUACCGGUUGUGUAAAGUGUCUUUUGUAAUGAAUAUGUUCCAAAUUGCACUUGGUUUCAAGCUUCGUGGCCAACAGUGAGAAAAGGUGUAUGGAACUUGGGACCGUGGAAGUUCUGUAACUAAGACAUGGAAGUAACAACAGCCAGCCAAGACAAAAAGAAUGUUCUUUUCUUUCCCCUUCCAAGUUCUUAGUGAAGGGCCAAGCCCAGCAUCCCAGACUUGUGUGACUGGGUAAACACUGGGACACUAACUUCACUUCAGUACCCUCCCUUCAGAAGCUCAAGGUGGCUUCUCGGUAGACAGAGGCUUCUAAGUAUCAAAGCUCCCCACUGCGCAAGCCCAACAUCAUGGGGAAGGGAGACACCUCGGAAACAGCAUCAGCCACUCCAGCCUAUCGCUCUGUCAUGGAGGAGUAUGGCUAUGAGGUGGGCAAGGUCAUUGGCCAUGGCUCCUAUGGAACUGUCUAUGAGGCUUACUACACCAAGCAGAAGGUCAUGGUGGCUGUCAAGAUCAUCUCAAAGAAGAAGGCCUCUGAAGACUACCUUAACAAGUUCCUACCACGUGAGAUACAGGUAAUGAAAGUCUUACGGCACAAGUACCUCAUCAACUUCUAUCAGGCCAUUGAGACCACGUCCCGAGUGUACAUCAUUUUGGAGCUGGCUCAGGGCGGUGAUGUCUUGGAAUGGAUCCAACGCUAUGGGGCCUGCUCUGAGACCCUUGCUGGCAAGUGGUUCUCCCAGAUGGCCUUGGGCAUCGCUUACCUGCACAGCAAGGGCAUCGUGCACCGGGACUUAAAGUUGGAGAACCUGUUGCUGGACAAGCGGGAGAAUGUGAAGAUAUCGGAUUUUGGCUUCGCCAAGAUGGUGCCUUCUAGCCAGCCUGUGCGUAGUAGCCCUUCUUACCGCCAAAUGAACUGCCUUUCCCACCUCAGCCAGACCUACUGUGGCAGCUUUGCUUACGCCUGCCCGGAGAUCUUGCUAGGCUUGCCUUACAACCCUUUCCUGUCUGACACCUGGAGCAUGGGCGUCAUCCUCUACACCCUAGUGGUCGCACGGCUGCCUUUUGAUGACACCAAUCUCAAGAAGCUGCUGAGAGAAACCCAGAAGGAGGUCACUUUCCCAGCUAAUCUCACCAUCUCCCAGGAGUGCAAGGGCUCCAGCAUAAAACCAGGGCCCCAGCCCCCUUCACCAGAGUAGUGCGAUGGGCCAUCCUGCUUCUUCCUUAGGUCCAGCUGCUCAGUGCCUGUGCUCACAAAGGGGGACAAGCUCAGCCAAGCCCUCUCUCUCCCCUGCCCUAGAACCUGAUCCUCCAGUUGCUACGCCCAGCUACCAAGCGUGCCACCAUCCUAGAUGUCCUCAGGGACCCCUGGAUGCUCAAGUUCCAGUCUGAGCAACCCUCGAACGAAAUCAGGCUGCUGGAGGCCAUGUAUCAACCCGCCAGCACCACCGCUAAUCGCCACCAAUCCUUGGAAAUCACAACUUGAAAGUGGCUGAGGCAGGAGGUUAAGGAAAAAAGCAAUAGAGACUGGGGGGAAAAUCUUUUCUAUAAAAUAAACCUAAUUAGUUUCAUCAUGA